UCCUGUCUGCAUUGUAUCGUAUUCAGAACAGUUUCCCACUUUGAUUAAUAAAAGGGGAACUACGUGACAACUAAACAUGACAUAGAGACGUUGUGUUUGUGUCGCGAAGGUGCUAAUGGGAAAACAGUUCGGUCGUGACAGUCAAGGAUGUUCUUUGUAUUCAUAUUGUCUUUCUUUGGCCAAGGAGAAUCACAAAGAGACUGAGCUGGCAACUGUAAAACGAUCAACCGAAUUUGAGUCGGAUAUCCUAAGCAUACAUUUGCAAGAAUUGUCAUAGUUUUGCAGGCAAUUUCAAUGCAGCGGUCGUUUGUUGACUUCAUCGAGAGGACGAAGGCCGUCGGUUCCCUUUACAUUCAUCUCUUCCGGGAAAGUCACCACAUAAGGGAAAUAGGCACGUUACUGCAAAUAAAGGAAUUUAUGGGAUCAAAAGUUUCAUUUGAUGAGAUGAGCGUGCGAGCGGGGCAGGGCAGUGACGAGGUGCUGGUGUCGCAGGCGGUGUGGGAUUACCUUGCAGCUGCUGGACGGCCCUGGUUGGUUGCCUUUGAGGACAAGCAGGGACUAAGUGCAGACAUAAUCCGACGUGGGGAGCAUGGCGGCUGCUGUGCUGUGCGACUCUCCCCAGUGGAGGGCAGCAACAGAGCCAGAACUGGGCUGAUGGAGGGUCUGGUGUCUCCCAUCACACAGAAAGCCUUCAUAGACUUAUGCCGCUGUGCCCGAAAGGAAAUGACCAAACAGGAGGCAGCUCCUAAGAGGAAACGGUCUCUGCUACCCUGUGUGACAUCAAUGGAGCCUGAUGGAGAGGGGAGUUUGUUGCCUCCGCCUCCUCAACCACGGCGCUCCCAGAGGCAACAGCAGAAAUAUAGGAAAAAUGCGGACAUGCAGACCUGUGUGGUUUUACCCAUGCUACAUGAGGCCACAGCAAGAACUGGGCCUGAAUUAAACAUGGGACAGGUAAAUGAAGAAGAGAGCACUAUUUGCUCCAUAUGCAUGGGGGAGAUGGUGGAAAAGACAAUUCUGGACAAAUGUGGCCAUGCGUUCUGCCGGACUUGCUUAGAACGGGCUUUCCAAGUGAAGAAGGUCUGUCCUGUGUGCAGACUUGUGUAUGGUCAACUUAUUGGUAAUCAACCGGCCAACGGGAGCAUGAUUGUUGAAAGAGAUCCAGACCUGGAGUUGCCUGGACAUGAAGGAUGUGGCUGUAUAUGCAUUAUUUACACUUUCCCUCCUGGUUUCCAAGCGCAAGAACAUCCGAACCCUGGGGUGCGAUACCCCGGCACAGACCGUGUGGCGUACCUGCCAGACAGCCCUGAGGGAAACCGUGUUCUAUGCAUGCUGCGCCGGGCUUUCGAGCAACGGCUUAUCUUUACUAUAGGCACCUCUAUGACAACUGGCAUGCAUAACGUCAUUACCUGGAAUGAUAUCCAUCACAAGACCUCCAUAUGGGGCGGACCACGAUGCUUUGGUUAUCCAGAUCCUACAUACCUCGUGCGGGUGAUGGAGGAACUGCGAGAGAAAGGAAUAACUGCCGACUGAAAAUGUUUUCCUUGCACUAAAAGAGUUUCAAUAAGAUGGCAAACGUGUGCUUGACCAAAGGCUUCUUUUAAACUCGCUGUCAAUUUAAGCCACAACCAUCUGCUGCAGCAUCGGUUUGAUCAGGAUGUUGUUCACGAUAAUUAACAGUUUAUUUUGAUUGUUAUGUUUAGCUUUGUUCUUUGGUUUACAUGAGUGAAAGCGGUGUGUUUGUUCAAACUGGGGUGCACUUUAUUUUUCAAUAUAAGACACACAGCUGUGUUUAUGGUAUCCAAUAGAAUGCUAAAAUGUGAAUGUCAAGAAGGUGUAAAUGUUUCCACAUCUGCGGUACUUCCACUUCUCUGUUUCAGGUAAGAGCCAAUCAGUAGCCUGCUGGCCCUCCCUCUUUUUACUAUGUGUCUUCUAUCCAGACUAUGCUUAAUGGCCUUUUCACAUUAUUGUAACAUCUGGAUGUGGACAAAUGAGGGACAAAUGGCGUAGCACAGCUAAUUGGGUACAGCUGGGACAAUCCCAUCCAACCUUUUUUUUUUUUUUU